AUGUCGGGCCGUGGUGCGUACUACAAGGCGCUGUACGGCGGCGGGCGGAGUAAGCGGCGGCAGAACGACGACUCCUUUGGAGGAGGAAGUCGCCAGGCGUUUACGGAGGUAAAUCCCACUGCGGCCACGGCGUUCGCGAUUCAACAAGCAGUGCACAGGGGCAAGCCGUAUCCUGCGUACAAAGACUUGAUGGGCGAAUGGCAACUGGAGGAGUUCCAGCUCUUCAUUGACAAGGUGCAGUCUGACCCCUUCGCUCCGCCGAGCAGAUUUCGGCUGCGGCUGCCCCAGAGCCAUGCGCAGUUCCCGAAAAACCUCUUCGAAAGCGAGAUCAGGAACAUCGCGCUGUGCGACUUCCUCACACGGGCGUUUCACCACGCCAUUCAGAAGUCAGGCAUGGACCAAGCGGCCGAGGGAGGAGGCUGGCACGGCAGCAAGGGAGGCGACAUUCGGAUUGACCAGCCUAGCCAGCAUGUUCUGCGCAGGACGUCGAUGAUCGUAACGGAGGAUGCCGUCGAGGCCCGUUGCAACGUCUCGCUGCCGGCUCGAGGGCGAUCAAUUGAAGGGCGCCGCGCAGCACAGCUUCUGUGUGAACGUCUUCCAGCGGUUGCUCGAGCAGCCAUGUACUUCUCCCGACAACGGGCGAAGGACCUCGAAGCCCACAUACAAAGUGUCGAAGAUCAAGAGUACCUACGGGCGUCACUGGCAAAGUAUGGGCUUGUUGCCUUUGUAAUCAACGGAGCGUGCCUGCCCCGCCGGUCUGGCGUGGACGACCGUCCUUUGACCCAUCAUCAGGACGACCACCUCGUCUUAUUUCAGUCGCCGCCGUCCCUAGAAGUGCAGAUAGGCCUCCCCAACCGUGGUCAAGUCAGGGGAAUGGGCAUACCAGCCGGCAUCACGCUAAUUGUUGGGGGCGGUUUCCACGGAAAGUCUACACUUCUGGAAGCGUUGCAGUGGGGCGUGUACAACAAGAUUCCGGGAGACGGACGUGAAUUCGUUGUCACUGAUCCAGGAGCCGUCAAGAUACGCGCCGAAGACGGGCGCGCAGUUACGUCAGUAGCCAAGGAGAAGGAGCCUAUCACGCCAUUUAUUUUCAAAAUUAGGCCGCUGGUCAAUCAAUAUAGAAUUUCGACAAUAAUGGUUGUUGGCGGAAGUGGUGAUUUUUUCGAGGUGGCCGAUAACGUGAUCAUGAUGGACAGCUAUCAAGCGUACUGCGUGACAGAGAAGGCAAAGGAAAUAUCAGCGACCCUUAAGACAUCAAUGGAAAUGCAAAAGGCGCGGGCAACGGUAGGUCUAAUCUGCAGCGCCAAUGGUAUAAAACUAGCCGAUGAUGACCCUUUUAAACUUUACGCUGUCGUAUUGAGCUGCUGGAUGGAAUGA